CACAUCUCAGUAUCGGAUCAAGCUCUUUUGCUCUGUGACCUUGAAAAGGCUCCAAAUCAUAAUCAUGUUGAAGCUCAUACUCCUUUUGCUCCUUGUACCACUGUUUGCUGAGACGAGUAUUGGUUCGGCUCUCAGUCCCUCGAGCUACUGGAAGAGUGUAUUGCCGAAUACUUUCAUGUCAGAUGCCCUUCAGUCCUUUUUGCCGAAAGACUCGUCGAGGCCGAGCUAUGGAGGCAAGUGGGUCAAAUUCUCAAAGUCAAACUGGGAUGCAUGCUUCGGGUACGUUUUACUCUGCAAGCCUCCCAAGGGCCUCUUCUUCUUAGAGAAGGACCUGAAGCCGGUCAUGGCAAUGGACAUAAGAUUUCUUGCGGCCAACAUCAACUCAGAAGAGAAGAUGCCGACCUUCCUCCCAUGCCAGGCAGCAGAAGCACUGCCCUUCUCAACCUCCUCCUUCCCCACCAUCCUCCGACGCUUCUCCCUGAGCCCAUGUAAGAAAUCAAAAUGAAAAAAUAAUUAAAGGGACAUAAAUUUUUAAAGUGGUUCAGCCAAUAGGCCUACGUCCACUACUCUAUCAUUUCUUGCUUGCCUUUCUUUUGUGGAGAAGCUCAUUUAUAUAAAGGAGUUACAUAAGGGGUCUCUAGUUCCCAAGAGACAUGACUUUUCAUCUUUCAACAUACAUGACUUUUCAUCCCUCAAGAGACAUGACUUUUCAUCUCUCAAGAGACAUGUCUUUUCAUUUCCUAAGAGACAUGACUUUUCAUCUUCCAACAAACAUGACUUUUCAUCUCUCAAAAGAUAUGACUUUUCAUCUCCCAAGUAAUACACAUUGAGAGCCUUCUUGGUGUUUCUGUUAACAUCCCCCCGCAAGCUCAAUGCUCCAACAAUGAGAUUGAGCUUGUUAAUUAUUUGAUAAUGGUGCUGCUUACUAAGUGGCUUAGUUAAAAUAUCAACAAC